UCGUUUUCCGUUCACGCCAAAAAUGUUAUGUUCCCGCGUAAAAAGAAUUCCAAACCUUAAAACUCCCUCCAUCUAUUUGUCAAAAUGACAAAGAUGCAAAUGCACUCUUGUAGGACUUUAGCAUACAAACAUUCAAACUGCGACACCUGAUCAGCGAUCACCAUCGCCAUGGCCACCGCUACAACUGCCACUACUAGCGGCAGAGACCAAAAUCUACCACCUCCACCACUCACUGACACAGAGAUAAUAAACCUAGCAUAUAAAAACCACCUCCAUCCAUAUAUUCUCUCUACAUCAUCAAUUCCUACUCUCAUCUCCUACCUCAAAACUCGCUCGCAUUCUUCAGUCGCCCUCACCGAUUACACACUCUCUCUCCUAUCUCUCAUUUCCCUCUCUCCACACAAUCCUUCGCUCUCUUCCCUUCUAUCAUCUCUCCUUUCCACUUACACUAAUCUUUUCCUUUCUCUCAUAAUCCCUCGCGAUUCCAAUUCCCUCAAAACAAUCAAUCUCUUUACCACUCUAUUAACUUACAUCCCGGUCAACGAUCUGGAUUCAAUCGCUGACUCGAUUUUGAAUCAUUUGUCCAGUUUAGUAACUUCUGAGGAUACACAAAUACUCGAAAUUAUUCCUGGUUGUUUAAGUUGUUUGUACAGUGAGAAAGGGAAGGAUUCUGUUAAUUUAAUUUUGGAUAAAAUUAUUGAAAUUCAAUGGUCAAAAGUAUUGCUAAUAAAAAUGGUGUCACUUGGAAGGGAGUUUCUACAGUUUCUUGAUAAAAUGAGAGCAAGGGUGUUCUUGGAAAAUGUUUUUAAUGGAAUGAAAGGAGUGGAUUUACAAGACUUGCCUUCGCUUGCAUAUCAGUUAUUGGUUUUGGCUUCGAAAGGGUUUAACAAGAGGGAGGUUAUUGAAGGGAUUCUUAGGUUCUUUGGCUCUGAUUUGGGAUCGAAAGGUAGUUCCAUUGUUAGGCAAAUAGAAGGAACUGUGCUGCUUCAUGUUAAUUUUGCUGUGAAGCAGGAUCCUUCCUUAGGGCAAGAGGUUAUAAGGCUUGUGAAAUUGGGUUGUAGGGCUCUUAAUCAUUUUACUGUUUCUAUUUUAUUGUCUAUUGCCAGGGUCAGGAGGUUUAAAGAAAACUCCAUUGGGGUUUUGAAAACUGCAGUGCUUUCUGCUUACCGUGAUUACAAGUUUUCUAGCGAUAUAAUGUGGUUAGCAGAUGAUUUGAAGGAAGAGUAUCUGCAAAACGUACAAGUACUGGAGAAGGCUAUAUUAAGAGCUGUUAAUGAAAGCAACUGCGGAAGGGAGCACAUUGUACCUACAGUUGUGCAGUUUAGCUUUGUCUUGCUAGAGUCAUUGGAAGGCGGAAACCACAGAGACCUAUGCAAUUUUAAUGGUCUUUUGGGUGUUGAAGCUCUUAGUGUUCAGAUGCUAAAAACUUUGUUUGAGGUCCAUGAUAUGGCAAGAAAUGAGAUUAUUGAGCAGUGCAAAUUUCGCAUCCUUUCUGUGAGGCCAGAACAAAGCACGCCAAUCAUUAGGCUGCUUGCUUUUCUGGUUCGAAGCUGUCCUUACCCAAUGUUGGAGCAUGUUUCCCGUCUAAAGGAAUUGUUGGAUUAUUUUACUUUUAUGAAUGGAAACGUUGCCUCCGAUCUUGUUACCGCUCUGGUGCCCCUCAUAAAGUUUAACCGUGAUCUUCGGGAUUACACCAUUUUAGUUGUUCGUAAAGCCAUGUUUAGGCAAGAAGAUGCCGUUCGUCUUGCGGCAACAAAUGCUAUUGUUAGUGUUAUAUUGGCUGAAAAGCAAUCUAACAGAGAUGGCUUUUCUUUUCAAGACUCAUCAAGCCAAGCUGGUUGCAGUCAGCCAGCUGAAAUACCCAGCGGUCACGGUGGAGGUCUCUUCCGAGAAUUGAGCGGUCUACUGCAGAGAUGUCUUUAUCAGAAGGCAAAAGUGAAGGAAGUCAUGUAUCAUGGUCUUUUGAAGCUUGUCUUGGUGGAUCCAGCAAGUGCGGCAGCUGUUUUUGAUUUUCUCUGGCCUCACUUUCUUCGCUUUUUCAAGGAGGAUAGUGAUGUUCAACUUGGAAUUAGUAGCUGCAUAAAAUCAGAGAGUGGCAAGGUUGUCAUUGAAGAGCCUCUAGAUUGUCUUCUAUCUUGUGUUUCUUGGAUCUUACUACUUCAACCACAUGAUAAAACUGAUCAUCCAGAUUCUUCAUGGGCAUGUUUUGGUUUUUCCCUUUCUCAAGAGAUUGAGGCAGGAAGAAGUCUAUCUGGCGAGUCUUUCUCCAAGGCUUUCCUGAAGAUACGGGAUUUUCUAAAGAAGGGAAAUUUGGAAGAUAUUCCUAGUCCAACUUCAGAUGAAGAACAAGGAAAAUGCCAUGCAUUGCUUUUAUCAGGGCUUAUUGAAGUGGUAUUGAAUAGUAUUGCUUCUGAGUUGGAGACAGCUACAGGUUUGAAGAGGAUCAAUCUCCAAAAGGAAAUUCUCGAGAUAGUUAAUUUUCAUUCAACACUGAAGAAGUAUACAUCUGCAAGGCAGAGCUGUGGUGUCAAAAGAGGGAGUCAGCAAGCUACUACUCUUGAUGUGCCUGGUAAUAGUUUUUUCAGCAAUAACACAAUGACUCAAGAACAGAUUCCGUUUUUGGCAACUUCAAGUCUUUGUCAGCUAAUGAAAACAACAUUGGACCUGUGCAAUAAUGAAUGGUUUAAAGGCUCCACAGCUUCCCAGAACCAUAGCCAGUCAUCUUCAAGUGGGACAUUGAAAUGCUUUAAGAUUGUUCCUUUUGUCCUGAAUAGUUCCCUUCAUCAUAUAAGAUCUUAUGCCACUGGAAGAAAAGAAGAUCCAAUUAAGAAUCUAAUCUAUGGGGAAAUCAAAUUAAUGGCACCGCCUUUGCUGAAAUUGAUUUGCUUGCUCAAUUCAGGGCCAAAGUUUGCAACAGACCAUAAAAAAGAGAUGAAGGGGAAGAAUGAUUUUGAAGACCGAAAGGAACAUCUUCAUUUAGCAUUAUUGUGCUUGAAGGAAUUGAUUGCAAUUAGUUUGAAGAAUUCAAACUCCUCUGGGUUGCUUGAAGAUUUGUUGUCAGUCUCCACACUCGAGUAUGAAUUGGAUGAAGAAUUUGAAGAAGCUUCCAGGAUUGAUGAUCACCAAAUAAGAAUCAAAGUGUUACUCAUCGUCAAAAUUCUGAGACCACUGUUUGCUGAGCUUCUUGCACAAUCAUCUUUUAAUGAAAUCGAGAUUCUCUGUGAUAUAAUGUUAAUGGUUGGUGACAAAUUACCCUCCAAAUGGAGGAACUCUAGUGGAUCCUGGGGUAUUAACGUCUGCAAAAGCCAUGGCAUAAGAAAUUCCAAAGUUGCUAGAAGUGUGGCUGCUCUAGCAAUUUCUUUAAGUUCUCCUCCAGAUGAUUUGAUUGUGGCCCAUGACAUGUCUAAGGAGCUACUGGAUGUCACUGGAUUUAUUGGACCGGAGAGUAACAAGCCAUUAGAAAUAUCUGAAUCGUGCCCCAUCAUAAACCAGUCAACAAGCACUGCUAUAAGUUCAUGCAUACUGAAACUGAUUGAAGCCGUUAUCAAUGAUAUGGAUUGGACCAUCAAAAAAUUAAAGACAUUCUUUUUGAUUGAACAGAGAUACAUUCAUGUUAGUCAGAGUGGAGAACAUGCUCCAGGAUUGACCGUUGAGGAUAAUCUUUACUUGAGGGCUGAAGCAGUGGUGAAAGUAUUAUCUUUCUUUGUUUUGAUGAACCUAAAGGACCCUCAAGCAGAGCAUCUAUUAAGAUUGAUUGCGAAGUUUUACAAGCAUUUGGCUCAGAUUUCAAGGCUUAGGAUUGCUACUAAGGGAUGCAAGCAACUUCUACCUACUCCAACUUUCCAGAGGCUUGUAGAAGUAACCUGCAAGAAGCUUACAGUUCCUCUUUAUAAAUUCGUUGCGGAGAUUCAAAGGGUACAACAAGAAAAGCCUAAUACUAAGGGUAUCAUUAACAAGAUUAAAAGGGAGAAUAAAUGCAUACCUGAGCUGAUCUUCCAAAUAGAAGAUUAUGAGAAGUAUCUCAUCCGGCUCAGCAAGGCAAGUAAAGUCAAUUUACUGAAGCAUGCCAAGCGUAGCACUUCCAGGGAUUUCAGAAUAUUAGAUCCUCCCAACGACAAGGAAGAAGCUGAUUUAAAUCAUGAACAUAAUAAUGACGAUGCAGUUGGUGCUAAUGUGGAUAGAUCACAUGAAGAUUCCGAAGAUAAUGUAUCAGACAAAUUUUCCUCACGACGAAAAGACAGUCCUGAGAUUGCAGAGGAAUCUGAGUCCGAGGGCGAGGAUGGAUGUGGUUUGCCUAAUGGCAAGAGAAUGAGGAGGGAUAGAGUUGUGCAAGACACUGAUGAUGAUGAAGCAUAAUUGAUGAUUUUUCGAAGACCUCAAUGUGUAAGAAAUUGGUGCUGUUUACGUAUCAAUUACGCUUGUAAAAUUAACAAGUUUUAGACUGAUGUUUCACCAUCUCACAAAACUAAUCUCUUAAAAUAGCUUUUAGGUUUCCCUGAAAAUAUUAUUGUAAAUUAAUAACAAGUGGCUUUGCUUUUUUGGCA